UUCAGCCCACUAGGCCCACCUAUCCCAUGGGAGUGAGUCACUCGGGUCCAUUCUAUAAAACCUCUGCCCCGGGGGCUAGGGUUUCCUCCCAGCCGUCAUCCCUUCGCGUCCGCCUCAGCCCGCCGCCAGCAGAGGUAAGGUCAGGAGAGAGUUUCAAGAAGCUGACAUGGCUCCUAAAGCUGCUCCGGCCAAGAAGGGUGAUGCCAAGACCCAGGCCUUGAAGGUUGCCAAGGCUGUGAAGUCUGGGUCUGUCAAGAAGAAGACCAAGAAGAUCCGCACGUCCGUGACAUUUCACCGCCCCAAGACCCUGAAGAAGGCUAGGGACCCGAAGUACCCAAGAAUCAGCACUACCGGAAGGAACAAGCUCGAUCAAUACCAAAUCCUCAAGUACCCCCUCACCACAGAAUCAGCAAUGAAGAAGAUUGAAGAUAACAACACUCUGGUGUUCAUUGUUGACCUCAAGGCAGACAAGAAGAAGAUCAAGGCUGCUGUCAAGAAGAUGUAUGACAUUCAGGCAAAGAAGGUCAACACCCUGAUCAGGCCCGAUGGGAAGAAGAAGGCUUACGUGAAGCUGACGCCCGACUACGAUGCUCUUGAUGUGGCCAACAAAAUCGGCAUCAUCUAAGUUACUGCAUUAGGCAUCUGUGUCCUAGUUCUUUGUGAAACCAGAGUUUUUGUAGCUAUGGCUCUCAGUGGCUCCAUUACCAUGUCUUGAUGCAGACUUAUGAAUUUGAUAUCAUCCAAGUGACCGGUUGAGCUAGUUUGAGCUCUGCACUAAGUUAUACUUGGAUACUAUCUGUUUUUCUUUAUGUCACCAGUAAUAUUGUUUGUCAUAUUGGGUUUGUCUUGCAACUAA